GUAAUUGAAGUAAUUGUUCACACCUCAGCCACUUUCACUCACCUGGGCGCGCGAAUUCCAAUCAGUUCACUCACGCCUGCGCCUCUCCCGUUUGCCAUGGGCCCCAUAGGCCUUCUCGUUGUCUUAGGCUUCUUUUUUGCUCACCAUGACUCCGCAAGCCUUCGUUGCUUUCUACACUCUAUCAGUCUUAACCACCCUCCACGUCCUCGACUACUACCCUACGCCCUGUCAUUUCGCUCUAACCUAUACAUUAUCGCUCCUCACGACAUACUACACUAUCGCUCACAAGUACCUGAUUGACUAGCGGUGAUAUAUCAUUAGCUAGGCCAGGACUUGACUCAAUAUGACGGCGGCCAGUCCUGCAAUAAUGGAUUUCCUGCCUCUCCCUGAUAACGUGGACACACCGCCCGGCGGUGUACCCACCGAGCCUGAUGUUUCUCUCCAUGACGGACCUACAGAUAGCCAUGCGCUUGCGACUGCGGAGCCAGAAGAGCACGAGAAGGGAGCGGUGCAUAAUGCCAAUCACGAUGAAGAUGUGGCAGACUUGGGCUGGCAUGAGCCGCCGAGUAAGAUACCGGCACCUCUUGUUGGUGGCAUACAGAAUGACGAAUUAUGGAUGUUGAUUAGGCGGUUUAAUAAGCAAAUGUAUCACGUCAAGGAAUAUCCGUAUGCAGUUCCAGGGGGAUUAGAUCUCAACAUCGCGGACGAGGAGGAGUUCUCGCCCGAUAAGCUGCGCAGUAAUAUAGAGCGACUGUAUAUGACCAUCGGUAUUGGUCUUAUGGCUUUUAUGAAACACAUUGUGCGGCUCAGAUCAUGGCGAGAGACGAAGCGAACGGCAUGGUUUUGCACUGUAUACUUCGUCGCAUGGCUUUUCGACCUACUGAUGCCUACGAUAUCAACCACAUUAAUAGUGCUCAUCGCUUACCCGCCCUCCCGCGAGUUCCUCUUUCCCCCUGCUCCUAUCGCGCUUGUCAACUCGAAGACUGGAGGCGUACAAAAGCCCAAAGCCGGUGUUUUAGGCAGCACUGACAGCGCUACCGGGGCCCCAGAGAACCACAAGGGUGAGGCUGUAGAAGCUGAGGCUAGCAACUUCGUCAACGGAAUCGCUUCUGUAGCACUGAGUAGCGCCACAGGCAAACACCCACAGGGUGAGCCAGACGCGGAAGAUGGCCCGGCAGACCCGGUGGCCGUCCCAGAUCCUACUGCUAUUGCAAUUGGAGCGGCAGACGCAAAAGACAGGGCUUCGGGUGCUUCGCCCAGUGCACAGCAUGACAAGACGAAGGUCCCCAUGGAGACUGCCAUGUGGACGAAAAUGAGGCCCGUUAUGCAUGGCCUGGCCGAUGUCACAGAUACCUGGGAGCGAUUUGGAAACGCCCUCUCACCCACGAAACCAUUUCCACGCUCUAUCCACCGCCUCCGGUUGGCCUCCCUUAUCGUUCCACUCCUCGCAGUCUCCUUUUUCAUCACCUCUUACAUGUUCGUCAAAGCUUCCACCUUCAUCCUAGGCUUCUCCUUCUUCGGCGACCCUAUCCUCCAACCCGGCCUCGCCUGGCUCAACAAUACCUUCCCUAACUGGCAAAAGCUACUCGAAGUCCGCAAUACCAUCCUCAAAGGCGUCCCAACAAACGCCCAACUCACAAUCACCCUUCUCCGCAUCGGCGAAGCAAACAAAGCUCCCCUCCCUCCACCUCCACGCACCAGAGAACCACCCCCUGAAGUCCCCACUGACAUCGGCGAGCAAGAACUCCGCGCCACAGGCGCCGAGCCCCCACUCAACGCAACCCCAGCCGAACUCGACGCCGCCAUGGCCCACGACCCAGCCGUCCCACACGAAACCGGUGGCGCGGACAUUGACGCAUCCAAGGAAAGCAAGCAUGGCAAAAAGGGCAGCAAGAUCCUGAACUUCUUCCGCGGCACCACGAAAGCAGGCGUCGAGACGGCGCUAGGCGCAGACAAACUCAAGGCUGCGGCGGGUAGCACACCGGCCAAGAACCGUCGCGGGGUGGUAGAGUGGACGCGCGCCGUGGCGAUCUCCGGGCCGGUGGACUUCAAGGCACGAUUCGAUGGCAGGAAGGGCCAUGUGUACGUCACGACCAAGGCUACCAUCCCGUGUGUGGCGUUUAGCACGGAUCGCACGAUUGAGAAGGUGGGCAGUGAGCAGCGCGAGGAUCUGCAUCCGCUGUGGAGUAUCCCUGUUGCGGAUAUCAGGGAGAUGAAGAAGGUGGGUGGGUAUGGGUGGAAGGCGAAGCUGGUGGUUGGGUGGGCGCUGGAUCGCGAGGUGAGUGAUGGGGUGGAGAUUGUCGAUCGGAAAGGUGCGAAGUGGAGGGUUACGGCGUGUCCGUUGCGGGAUGAGCUGUUUAAUCGGUUGGUGGCAAUGGGAGGGCAGAAGUGGGAGAGUUGGUAGGCGUGCAAUGUGUGUUGUGUGGGUUGGUUGCAUCCAUGUAAAAAAUAGACUCAUUGGGUGAAUACUACAUACCAAGGAGGCGUCUUGGCUUGGAUAAUGCUAGAAUGCUGCACGAAGCUGAUCGCAGUACGUAUCAAUUAAUAGCAGCAAUCUUUAUU